AAUUCUGUUGCUUUCAACGUACACAUUGUACAAACUGUAUUGUCUAUAAUUGGAGCUAAUUUGUCCAUUAAACUCCAGAAAACAUGACUAAGAGCUCAAAGAAAAGAGGUCUUCCAAAAUUCUCUAAACUGGGGAAAUAUUUCAAGCUUAAAAGGUCGUCAAAGACGAAGAAAAGUGAACACGAAACGCCAGUGGUUCAAAAUGGCGACCCAAGUACACCAACAUGCGUCCCGGAAAACACUGCAUUACCGAAUGGUUUAAUCGAAGAAAGCGUUGGAAAUUCUACUAUAAAUCAUAAAGAAAGCAAAGAAAACACAAAGGAAGAAAUGAAUUKCAWUUCCUGUGAUGUGGAGRAGAAAAAAACUGACCAAAAGGAGAGCACAACAGGUACGAUAGACAAACACGUGGAAGACAACGCUAGUUUGAAACCCGUGRUGCAUGAAGCGAAGAAAAURACCACGGCUGAUAUUGUUGUUCACUCUUCCGCAAAAGAARACCUAAUUCAAGAACAGAAUCWUGGRUCUGAAMAUUCUGCUCUUCCUACUCCAGAAAAGAAAGUUGAAAAUUCUAAUCUUAUYGACGACAAAUUUUCUGAAUCAAAACCGUCUCAAUACGAAAUUCAAGAAAUAGAAGAAUAUCCAUUGGAACUUGUUUAUCCUGUUCUCAUCAAAACUCCUUUYCAAAAACAAAAAUCAGAGGUUGAAAUUGAUGUGCAAGAAUGUAAUGAGAGCAAUGACAACAGUMAGCACAUCCCAUGUACMGUAGUGGUUCAUACUCCAGUCAAAAAACAACUUGUGAAUAAUGGCAACGCUACUAAGGCUAGUGUAGAUGAUGAUGAUGUUGAUGRUAUUGUAUUGAUGGAAAUGCCCCAGACACCACCACCAAAAAAGCCCCACAAUAAAGACUGCAGAAGAGUAUCAACAGUUAAGAAAAUMAGAUCAAUAAUUGCUACUCCCUACAAGCGACUCAAGAGGGACUCMAGCUCAUUGAUGGAUGGACACACAUAUCGUUAUAUUGAGAUCCAGAGCCUGGUGAAUGCGUUCCAAACCCUGCAYGCAUGUAAAGGUGUUAUGAUGGCUUGCAAUGAGAAAGGAUUGCAAUAUGGUAAAAGCUCUGUGCUAAGAAUUGAAUGCAAAGACUGCAGUACUAAAGURUUCUUACAAGCUACAAAGAGUUAACUUUUGACUAAUGAGAACAGUGCAGACAGUGUUAGAAGCCAAAUAUUGAAGUAAGAUAAUAGUCCAUAUUUAAGUGCCAACCAGACAAAUACUAGUUUUCAACAUCCUUUCUAUUCAUGCCAAGUUGACAUUAAAAGUAUUACAUUGUAUAUUACUAAUAGCUUUGAAAGGGUUUUUCAUAAAUCUCUUUUAAUGCACUUGUUUAAAAAGUGUUAACAUAUUCAAAUAAAGUAAAAAGGAGUUCAUAAAGUAAGAAAUAACUAGAAGUAGCUCUAUGUGCUGUAAAAUAUUUCAUAGUAUAAAGAUUGAAUUUUAUAAAUUCUUCUCAUUUUCAUAAAAAAAGUGCUUUUACCUUAUCUGAUACAAAUCAUUGUUAAAUUUCGGAUAAUACCAAGUUUAUAAAUAAAUUCUGUAAAAAUAUUUUAACUCAUGCAUUCAUUUUGCUCAGCAAAAUACUUUUUAUAAACAUCCAUGUUUUUACAGUUAUAUUAUUUUUGAAGUAUUAUAUUAAUUUGUAUUGUUUAAGAUGCUAAUUUGUAAAUAAAUAUAAAUAUACAAUAUUGUGUGGUAUCCUAUCUCAAUAAUAUCUCAUGUAUAGUUUAAAA